CUGGUCGGAAGAGUACAGAGUGGGCCAGAAUAAUUUAUUAGAACAUGUUUUAGAGUUUUGAAAUUAGACAGUAACGGUAAAUAAAAUUUGUUAUAAUCAAUAAUUUUAGAAGAAAAACUAUUUAAUACCAUAAGAUUAUCACAUCGAAAUAAGAAAAAACUAACAAAUGACAUAAUUUAUUAAAUAACAAAUGCAAUUUGGGAAAUGUCAACAUUACUGAGUUUCAACAAUUAAUAAACAUUUUAUUAGAUAUGAGACCAACGUGAACAUUUAGUUAAAUUGUAAAUCAUAUAUCAGUUGAGCUAUGGCUGGCAAUGAGAGAGUUUCAUUAAACGAUGCUCUAUCGAAUGUAGAAGUAUUAGAUGAGCUUCCUUUACCCGAUGAACAACCUUGUAUAGAAGCCCAACCAUGUUCUGUAGUAUAUCAAGCUAAUUUUGAUACAAACUUUGAAGAUAGGAAUGGAUUCGUUACAGGCAUAGCAAAAUAUAUAGAAGAGGCCACAGUACAUGCUAGUUUAAAUGAACUCUUAGAUGAAGGACAAGAACAUGCUGUUAUGCUUUAUACCUGGCGUUGCUGUUCUAGGGCAAUUCCACAGCCUAAAUCUAAUGAACAACCUAAUAGAGUUGAGAUCUAUGAAAAGACUGUUGAGGUGCUAGCACCUGAAGUGAAUAAACUAUUAAAUUUUAUGUAUUUCCAGAGAAAGGCAAUUGAAAGGUUUUCACAAGAAGUUAAAAGGUUAUGCCAUACAGAGAAAAGAAAAGAUUUUGUAUCUGAAGCAUAUUUACUAACACUGGGAAAAUUUAUUAAUAUGUUUGCUGUAUUGGAUGAACUGAAAAAUAUGAAGUCUAGUGUUAAAAAUGACUACUCAACUUAUAGAAGAGCUGCCCAAUUUUUGAAAGUAAUGUCAGAUUCACAAACUCUACAAGAAUCUCAGAAUCUUUCCAUGUUUUUGGCAACUCAAAAUAAAAUAAGAGAUACUGUUAAAGAAAACUUAGAAAAAAUAACUGGAUAUGAAGAGUUGCUUGCUGAUGUAGUGAAUAUCUGUGUACACAUGUUUGAAACGAAAAUGUACCUGACACCCAGUGAAAAACAUAUGUUGGUUAAAGUUAUGGGCUUUGGACUAUUUUUGAUGGAUAGUGAACUGUGCAAUAUUAAUAAACUUGAUACAAAGAAGAAAUUGAGACUUGACAAAAUUGAUAGAAUUUUUAAGAAUUUGGAAGUAGUUCCUUUAUUUGGUGAUAUGCAAAUUGCUCCAUUUAACUAUAUAAAAAGAAGCAAACACUUUGAUGCAAACAAAUGGCCUUUAUCAAACAGCAAUACACCAUCCCCACAAGCUGACCUUAUGGUCCAUCUUCCCCAAAUAAGAGAAGAUCAUGUUAAAUACAUAAGUGAGUUAUCUAGAUAUAGUAACGAAGUUACCACAACAUACAAAGAAUGUGGUAGUGAUACAGAAAAUAAAGAGACUGCAGAUUUGGCUUUGAGAGGAUUGCAGCUUCUGUCUGAAUGGACAAGUGUAGUAACUGAGUUGUACUCUUGGAAGUUAUUGCACCCUACUGAUCACCAUCAAAAUAAGGAAUGUCCAAAGGAUGCAGAAGAGUAUGAAAGAGCUACUAGAUACAACUAUAGUGAAGAGGAAAAAUUCGCAUUGAUUGAAGUAAUUGCCAUGAUUAAAGGACUGCAAGUAUUAAUGGCAAGAAUGGAAACUGUAUUUACAGAUGCUAUAAGACGUAAUAUUUAUGCUGAGUUGCAAGAUUUUGCACAACUUACUUUGAGAGAACCUCUAAGAAAAGCUAUAAAAAAUAAAAAAGAUUUGAUACGAAGUAUAAUUAUGUCUGUAAGAGAAACUUGUGCUGACUGGUCAAAACAAUUUGAUCCCAUUCAAGAUCAUGUAUUAAAAGGAAAAAAAGAUCCUGAUACAGGUUUCCAUAUCAAAGUUCCCAGAAGAAAUGUUGGACCAUCGUCUACACAACUAUAUAUGGUCAGAACAAUGUUAGAAUCAUUGAUAGCAGAUAAAUCUGGUGGUAAAAGAACUUUGCGCAAAGAUAUAGAUGGACAAUAUUUAAUGCAUAUAGAUUCGUUUCACAAAACUUCAUUCUACUGGAAUUACUUAUUGAGUUUUAGUGAAUACUUGCAAAAGUGCUGUGAUUUAUCUCAGUUAUGGUAUAGGGAGUUUUACUUGGAGAUGACGAUGGGCAAAAGAAUUAAUAAAUGUACAGUACGCCAUAAUCACAACGAGGAAUGUAAUGAUUUGAUUACUAUGGAAAAAAGAAUACAAUUUCCCAUUGAUAUGUCAAUGCCUUGGAUUCUUACUGAUCAUAUUCUAAAAACUAAAGAACCAUCAAUGAUGGAGUAUGUCUUGUAUCCUUUAGACUUAUAUAAUGAUAGUGCUUUAUAUGCAUUAACAAUAUUCAGGAAACAGUUUUUGUAUGAUGAAGUAGAAGCUGAGGUAAACUUGUGCUUUGACCAAUUUGUUUAUAAACUAAGUGAACAAAUUUUUGCUUAUUAUAAACAAUUAGCAGCAAGUAUAUUCUUGGAUAAAAGAUUCAGAGUAGAAUGUUCAGCAGUUGGUGCUUACUUAUUGCCAUACCCAAGAGCAAAUCGAUACGAAACUCUUCUAAAACAAAGACAUGUUCAACUAUUGGGUAGAUCCAUUGAUUUAAACAAAUUAAUAACUCAGAGAAUAAAUGCUGAUAUGCAAAAAUCUUUAGAUUUAGCAAUUAGUAAAUUUGAAGCAGGUGAUAUCACUGGAGUUAUAGAAUUGGAUGGACUAUUACAGGUCAAUCGGUUAUGCCACAAAUUAUUAAGUAAAUGGCUAGCUUUGGAUGAUUUUGAUUCAAUGUUCAGAGAAGCAAACCAUAAUGUCCUGGCUCCUUAUGGAAGAAUAACCCUACAUGUGUUUUGGGAGCUGAAUUACGAUUUUCUACCAAACUAUGUUUACAAUGCAGCCACCAAUAGGUUUACUAAAUACAGAGGUAUAUCAUUUGGUGCAGCUGUGUCUAGAGAUAGACCUCCACAAAUGUCUCAUCAUUAUCUGUGGGGAACAAAACAAUUGAACUUAGCUUAUACUACUCAGUAUUCACAAUACUCAGGUUUUGUAGGUCCUCAACACUUCCACACAAUGUGCCGACUUCUGGGGUAUCAAGGUAUAGCUGUAGUAAUGGAAGAACUUCUCAAAAUAGUGAAAAGUCUCAUCCAAGGAAGUCUUCUUCAAUUUACAAAAACACUUAUGGAAGCAAUGCCAAAGAUUUGCAAACUGCCUAGAUAUGAUUAUGGUUCUCCAGGUGUUUUGGGUUACUAUCAAGCACAACUCAAUGAUAUUGUUCAAUAUCCUGAUGCUCGCACUGAACUAUUUCACAAUUUUAGGGAAUUUGGAAAUAUAAUUUUAUUUUGUUUAUUAAUGGAACAAGCUCUGUCACAGGAAGAAGUUUGUGAUCUUUUACAAGCUGCACCAUUCCAAAAUAUUCUUCCCAGACCGUUUUGUAAAGAGGGCGAAAAACUUGAAGCUAAACAGAAACGACUUGAAGCAAAGUACCAGGCAUUACAAAUAGUUCCUAAUAUAGAAAAACUAGGAACAGCAAAACAAGCCAUGAUAUCUCGCGAAGGGGACUUACUGACAAGAGAAAGACUUUGUUGUGGUUUAUCAAUAUUUGAAGUAGUUCUUAAAAGACUGAGAAGCUUUUUGGAUGAUCCUGUAUGGGUUGGACCUCCACCUACAAAUGGAGUCAUGAAUGUUGAUGAAUGUACUGAAUUUCAUAGAUUAUGGUCAGCCUUACAGUUUGUUUACUGUAUUCCAGUUAGUGAAAAUGAAUAUACUGUUGAAGAGAUGUUUGGAGAGGGAUUACAUUGGGCAGGUUGUACUAUGAUAGUUCUUCUUGGCCAACAAAGAAGAUUUGAAGCAUUGGAUUUCUGUUAUCAUAUAUUACGAGUUCAAAGAGUAGAUAUGAAAGACGAAGUUGUUAAAAGAAUUAAUCUUAAAAGGAUGGUAGACAGGAUUCGACGUUUCCAGGUAUUGAACUCUCAGAUAUUCGCUAUUUUAAAUAAAUUUUUGAGAUCUGGAGAAAGUGAUGAAUUAUCUGUAGAACAUGUCAGAUGUUUUCCACCACCUAUACAUCCAUCCAUCAAUCCACAACAGCAUUAUCAUGCACCAGAGCAUCUGAGACAGUGUUGAUUACUUUUAAAAAGAACUUAUCCGAAAUAAUUUUUAUUGAAAUUACAAUAUUAAACAUUGUAUUUGGAAUGUUUGUAUUCUAUAAGAUGAAUAUUAACUAGUAUUAAAAUUUCCAGAACUUUUUUAGAUACAGUUUCAUUAAGAAACGCUUAAUAGGAAAAAUUUUAUACCUUGAAAUUCUUGCAUCAAAACUGUUUUAUAUAUGUAGUUAAUACUAAAUCGAACUAAUUAAUAUAAAUUUCACUCUAAAAAUCGAUUUCUAUUAAAUUUUUUAUAUUCACAUUAAAAAAUUGUAAAAAACUAAUAUUUUCAUUUUAUUCAUAGUGUAAUUUAGCUGCUUUAACUCCAUUAUAUAAUGAUUUUAUAGUAUUUUUCAAAAGCAGAUCCAUGUAUAUAAACAUUUUCUUUGUUUAUUAUAUAACCACAAAACUGUUGAUGCAAAAAAAUCUCACAUAUUGUUUUCUUUAUCCUAAAAAGAAUUUGACAUCUCUGUAGCAACAAUUAACUUCUUUUAGAAAAAAUAUUGUGUUUUUAUCACUAGUAUAUAUAGUAGUAUCUCUGUCUCUGUAUUAUUUAGCUGUCAUCUGAAAUUGUACCAAAACUAUGUAGAUAUAUUUAUAACUUUUUUUUUAAUUAAUUUUUAAGAAGAUGCCAGAAAGUCUAAAAAUGCUCCUGUAUUUGAAAAUUGACGGUAACUAAAAAGUUGAAAUUUGGGAUUUUGUUUUAUGAUGUAGGCAAUUCCACUAUUUUAUUACAAAAAUACAUUCCAUUUUUCAACUCUAACUUUAAAUAUUUUACCUCAGCUUUUUUUGAAUGUUGACAGAAAAAUUAUUGUGCAAAGGAAAUGUAACCUCAUAAAAUCUAUAUAAUAAAUCCCUAAUUUCAACUAUCUAGUUGAAAUAUAAUGUUCCACCCGUAAAUUCUAAAAAUCACCUUCAAUUUUUUUACAAAUAGACACCAAUGGACCAAACGGAUUCUUUUUGAAUUGUCUUACUUUUUUUGAUUUCAUAUUUUCGCCUUCCUUAAUGAGUCCUUAGUGUAUUUUAGGCGUCUAGGCGAAGACGGUAAUGCUCUAUCCCUAUGAAGCAGGUUUUCCCACAAAUUAAUGCUAUUCCAGACACUAGUUUCUUUUCUCCCAUAGCUUACGAUUUUCACAAUGUUGCUUAGACUUUCUAUUAAAUUUUUUAUAUUAAAUUAAAAUUAUAAAAAACUAAUAUUUUCAUUUUAUUCAUAGUUUAAUUUAGCUGCUUUAACUCCAUUAUAUAAUGAUUUUAUAGUAUUUUUCAAUAGCAGAUCCAUGUAUAUAAACAUUUUCUUUGUUUAUUAUAUAACCACAAAACUCAAAUCUUAGGUUAAUGAUAAAAACUGAUGAAUUAAUCAUAUUUUAAGUCCGCUUUUGAAAUUGAUAUAUCUAAAACUGUUUACACAUUUACUGAAUUUUAUGUCGACCACACUUCCAUUUAAGUUAGGAGAAUAUUUUUUAUAUUUCUCUUUAGUUUAAUUAUAUUUUUUAAAUAAUUUUAUAUUGUGUAAAAACACUAACGGGAAAUUUUGCUUUACUAACCUUUAAUAAUUCACUUUCUAAGUACAAAAGUUUAUUUAUUUAUAGUAUAUGAGUAAUGUGUUAGUUAUAUAAGUUUUUUUAUUUGUUAUUUAAUUAGAAGAACGAAGUCAUCAUUAGCAACACGCUCUUAAAUUGAUUGUGAAAUUAUUGUAUAAUAAUAUCAAAACAUUUUGAAUAGUUGAAAAAACUAUCAAUUUUAGGAAAAUACUCAACUCAAUUAGACAACAGCAUAACAAUAUUAAAAAAAAAUAAAUGUAGCUAAAUAUCACAAAAGAUAUAAAAAAUAUUAGUGGCACAGUAUACAGUAUGAACCAAAAAUUAAAUUGUGUAUUUACAUGAUUGAGUAGGUUUGUAAAUUAAUAUUACAGCUUUGUUGGAAAUGUGUUCUUAUUUUGUAUCUUUAUAUAACAUAAAAUUUUUAUUUUCCAUGAAUUUAUCCUUUAUAAAUAUGUAUUUACUUUAUUAUAUUAUGUAAUUAAA